CGCGCGCGCGGGCGCGGAGCCUGUUCGCGGGCUGAGGUGCUUCUGACAGCCGCGCCAGCUCCUCGAAUCAUGGAGCUGAGAGCAGAGCUUCUGAAGUCUAUCUGGUACGCCUUCACGGCCUUGGACGCGGAGAAAAGCGGGAAAGUGUCGAAAUCUCAACUAAAAGUCCUCUCUCACAACCUAUACACUGUGCUUGGUAUCCCCCAUGAUCCUGUGGCACUGGAGGAACAUUUUAAAGAUGAUGAUGAUGGUCCAGUAUCAAGUCAGGGGUACAUGCCAUAUCUCAAUAAAUAUAUCUUGGACAAGGUAGAAGAAGGUGCUUUUGUGAAAGAGAGUUUUGAUGAGCUUUGCUGGACGCUGACUGCAAAGAAGAAUUACAAGCCAGACCGGAAUGGGAACAGUGUUAUAUCCCAUGAUGAUGCCUUCAAGCUUUGGUGUCUCUUUAAUUUCUUAUCUGAAGACAAGUACCCUCUUGUUAUGGUGCCAGAUGAGGUGGAGUAUCUCCUAAAGAAGAUCUGCACAUCCAUGAGUAUUGAGCUCAGCAGUGGAGAACUAGAUGAUUAUCUUUCCCAAGAGACCCAGCAGCAGAAUGGCUUGACUGUGUGGCAGUUUCUUGACUUAGUAAAUUCAGGCCGGUUCCUGCGGGGAAUAGAGCAUGAGGCCAUCAGCAUGGCCAUUGAAGAAGUCUAUCAGGAAAUUAUUGGGGAUGUGCUGAAACAGGGCUACCUGUGGAAGAAAGGUAAUCUGAGGAGGAACUGGUCAGAGCGAUGGUUCACCCUAAAGCCCAGUGAUCUCUCUUACUAUAUGAGUGAAGAACGAAAGGAGAAAAAGGGGAGCAUAUCUUUGGACAGAAAUUCAUGUGUGGAGAUCUUGCCUGACAGAGAUGGAAAACGGUGUAUGUUCUGUGUAAAAACGGCAUCAAGAACCUAUGAAAUGAGUGCCUCAGAUACCAAACAAAGGCAAGAGUGGACACUUGCCAUCCAAAUGGCAAUCCGCCUCCAGGCUGAGGGCAAGAAGUCACUGCACAAGGAUUUAAAGCAGAAGAGGCGGGAACAACGAGAGCAGCGAGAGCAAAAGAAGGCAGCCAAGGAAGAAGAGAUGCAGCGCUUGAAGCAGCUCCAGGAAGAAAAGGAGCGCAAAUUACAGGAACUGGAGCUGCUGAAGGAGGCUCAGCGGCAAGCUGAGCUUCUGCUCCACGAAGAAGAGCAGCAGCGCAAGCAACAGCAUGAGGAAAUGCAGAGGACACUAGAGAUACAACUCCGAGAAGCAGAACAGGCUCGUGCUUCCAUGCAAGCUGAGAUGGUUCUGAAAGAGGCAGAGGCAGAACGGCAACGCAAGCGCAUCACAGAGUUGGAGGAGAUGCAGCAGCGACUCCAAGAUGCGUUACAGCAGGAGAUUAAAGCUCGUCGGGAUGAAGAGGCUGUUAGAUACGCACAGGCCAGGCUGCUGUCUGAGGAGGAGGAAAAACUAAAGCAGCUGAUGAAGCUAAAGGAAGAGCAAGAGGACUAUAUCAUCAAGGCCCAGCAUGAGAAGUUGGCCCUCAAGCAAGAGAUGGAAAACAAGAGCAAAUUUUUGGAGGAAGCCCAGCAGCAGCUGGAAGAAGUGAGGUUUAACAGGGAGAGGAUGGACCAGGAUGUUAUGCUAGCACAACGGAAGCUCCAGCAAGCCAGUACCAAUGUAAAGCAUUGGAAUGUCCAGAUGAAUCGGCUGAUGCACCCAAUUGCACCAGGAGAAAAACGUAUAGUGAUAAGUGGAGGGUUCUCUGGCUUCAGCCCUGCACUUCUGUCCAGGAGAGAUUCCUCCCUCAAAUUGAAACAAAAUCUGGAAAAAAAGCAAUCUGAUGCCAUGAAGGAUGACAGCAAAGAAGAUAUAAAUGGAGAAAAGCAGGUGCAGAUGUAUGAGGAGAAUACCAGUUCAGAAAACAUCUGAUUAGCCACAGAUGAGAGAAGAAACAUUUGCUGAAAUUUAGGAACCAAGAAACAUCAUGACAACUUAAAAAUAACUAUAGUGUAUAUACAUAUGAAUACUGGACAGAUGUAUAGACUGUAUAAGAAAGUAUGGUAAUGAUUCCUUUCCACUGGGUUACAUUGACAACUUUCCUAGUGCACUAAAGCUGCACCUGAUGUAUAUAUUAUGGACAAAACGGAAGCAUCUUUACUCAAAUACAGAGGCACGGUCUUCUGGUUUUACAGCUCUCCUAUGGUAUAUUCUGUUUGGCCUCAGCAGAUGGAGAAAAAAUCCUGGUCACACUGACUUAUCAUACAGUAUUAUUACUGGCAUGAGGAAUUUUUGUGAUGUUGGUAAGCACUAUGCCAAGACAUCUGUCUGUCUUUUAAACCCCUUUUUAAUGGUAACUAUACAUUUUGCACUAUUUGGAAAACCACGUUAAAAGACUUUGAAGCAAUAUUGCUCAUUUUCUGCAUUGGGCCCUUUAGUAAUCUUUUAUUGUUAAGCAAAUGAGACUGCUGAACUGAAACAGCUAGAGUAAUGUGCCUGAAUUCUGAAAAUGUUCUGUUCUUAAAAGAAUAUUUGAGACCUAAUUCAAAAGAACUUAAACAUAACGAUUGGCUUCAAUAGAUUGCUGGGUAACAUUUAAUACAAGUCUCUAGUUCAAGAGUUUUAUUUCUCACUAGAAAGCUUUGAGGAAGCUAUGCUCACAUUGUUAAAAAACACACA